AUGGAGCCCGGUACCGAUCCUGACGCCGGCGCCAACCCGCGGCAGAGGGUGACCAAUGCCUGUGAAGCGUGCAGGGCAGCCAAGGUCAAGUGCCAGACCAGCGUGCAGCUGGGAAUAUGUCGAAGAUGUCUCGACUUCAAGAGAGAAUGCAUCUUCCGCACCGGGCCCAGGACCCGUCGUCCACGGCAGUCUAAGCAAAAUCAGGACACCCCUAGACCACCCCCUCCACCGGGGCCCUCAAAGACAUUUAGCAUCGACUUUGAGAUGCCCCAAGUAGAAGAAGCCGACGACCUUGAAAACCUCGCCGCGCGCCACGACAAGUACUUGGAGGAGUUUCUGCCCCCAGAGUCCGACCUAGAGUCCAUAGACAUGAUGUUCGGCCUCGACGGCGGCUCCCGCAGCGGUCCCCACUCGGCCAUCUCGUCCCCACCGUCCUCGGGCCCGUCUGUCUCGGUAUCGAGCUUCGGUCUCAAACCGCAGUUCAACCUAGACUCGGCCGAAAAGCUGCUGUCGACCUUCCGCGUCAUGCUCAAGCAUUUCCCAUGCGUGGCACUUCCGCCCGACGCCACAGUCACGUCCUUGUCAAAGACGAAACCGUUCAUGCUCCUCGCAAUUCUCUCGACGGCGUCUGCUACUAGUGCAUUGCAGGGCCACACCCUCUACGAUGAAGAGUUCCGCAAGAUCCUCGGUCUCAAGUUCGUGGCUGGCGGCGAGCGGACGCUGGAACUCCUCCAAGGCCUGCUCAUCUACACAGCAUGGUAUCCCUUUCACCUCCGCCCAAAGAACAAACAAGCCUUCCAAUACGUCCGCAUGGCGGCCGAGAUCCUCCACGAUCUCGAGCUGAACCAUCCACCUCAAGGCGCAGGCUCACAAGCUGGUUGCGGGGCGGCGUCGUCGUCGUCGUCCUCUGCGCCAGAUCAAAUGGACGGUAUCCGUGCCUACGUGUCCUGCUACUAUCUGGUCUCAGCGCACGUACUGCCCUUUCUGCAGUAUUUCCGCCGCACGACUCUGACCGAUGCUAGAUUCGCAAUGGCCUGGGCCAAGAUGGCGAUCCUGGCCCUCGACUACACAUCGUGGACGGCCACCUGCUGCGAUCUGCUCGAGCAAAACUCUGCGCUUAAGGGAGAUCACACUCUCGCGUGGCUCGCUAGGCUGGUUCACAUUACCGAGGAAUCGGCUGCCAUCUCAAAGACGAUACCGCAAGGGGAGCAGACGAAGCAGCAGGUUCAUUUCAUGUUUCUCGGGCUCGAGAGCCAGCUGAGGGAGUGGCAAGGCCGGAUACCAAGCAGCCUCGGCGACAUCAACUCCCUCACGCUAGCAAACCUAUUCACCGAAAUGUUCCUCCUCGCCAGCCCAAUCUACACCCUCCGCUCAACAGCAAAAAUAGGUGAUAGCGACCUCGGCCCUCCCAUCCCAGCCCCCCGCCUCGAAAAGUGCCUGACCCUCCUCCGCACCCUCUUCGACUUCAUAACCAACCUCCCCGCCGCCGCCUUCGUCGAGCUCAGCUCCAUAGACUGGGGCCGCUUCAUCCAGACCGUCAUCCUCGCCAUCCGCCUCUCUUUCCCGAUGCCACUCUGCCCGGAGUGGGACCACGCCCGCGCCCGCGAGCAGCUGCAGUUCGACUCGUACCUCGCCCGCCUGUGCGCCAACAGCGAGGCGCUGACGCUGACGCCCGCGACGAAGAGUACCAUGGACGUCUUGUCCGCCAGUAAAGUUGUCUUUGCGGUCGUUAAGCGGAAGUAUGAAGCUCGCGUCGCCAAUAUCGAGACGCCGGUGAAUAAGCUGCCGCGGACAAUUCGCGGGUGUCCGAUGUUCGACGGGAGUCUGGAUCAGUAUUUCCCGAUUUGGGACCAGGAUCUGAGUAGGGACGGGACGCAUGGGCUAGUGACGCCGGCGCCGAAUGGUACACCGGUGAUGGUGAACGGGCAGCCUGUUUAUAAUGACCUGUGGGCGACGAUGACUAUGGACUGGCCUGAUGGUAUGGCUGGUGCCGCUACACCGGGGUUUGAUUUGGGACAGGUCCAGGAUCCGACGAUGAACCUCGAUCCUUCGUUUCAGGGGGCCAUGAAUCUUGGUCCUUCCCCUAGUGGUAGCGGGUAA